AUGAGUAUGCACAUCAGCCGUCUCAUUUACCUCCCCUGCUCCAGGCGGGGGUCUGAUAUGCAUCUACCCUUGGAUCUCUUGAGCUGGCCUCUGCAAGUUGUGGUCAUCUGCCUCAAUAGCCCCACGACGUACCGCUCCACUGCCUCACUGCAAUACUCGAAUCAGUUGCCUCGUUUCUACCGGCUCUCUACCACUACAGGCAGCUAUCAGACAAGAGACAUGGGAAGCGAGGGCAUUGCGGAGACAAACGACAACAUGGAUGAGCAACUUCAACCGCACCUCGUACCUACCAUCGUCACAUCAGCUCCGCUUCUUGGGCCGCAUAAUUGGCCUCCAACGCCAACAUCAUUUACUGUCUUGGGCUGGCUCAAGCGGAAGUGUCUUGCGGUAUAUUUCUCCCAUGACUGUGCAGGUCUCAGCCCACAGUCAUGCUGUGUACUUUUAUACUACCUUUUAAUCGGUUUAUUUUCCUUGGCUCGGGCGAAAGAAUGCUUUUUACCAUGA